GAAACCUGUGCUGAAACAGAAGAAUCGGCUAAUACUACUGAAAGUGCAAUAUUUGAGUAUCACUGCGAGAUGAGCUUUGAUCCAAACCUGCUCCACAACAAUGGCCACAACGGGUACCCCAACGGUACUUCGGCAGCGCUGCGCGAGACUGGGGUUAUAGAGAAACUGCUGACCUCCUACGGAUUCAUUCAGUGUUCGGAACGGCAAGCCAGACUGUUCUUCCACUGUUCGCAGUACAAUGGCAACCUACAGGAGCUCAAAGUCGGAGACGACGUCGAGUUCGAAGUGUCAUCUGACCGCCGAACUGGAAAACCCAUCGCUAUUAAGUUGGUGAAGAUAAAACCGGAAAUACUACCCGAAGAACGAAUAAAUGGACAGGAAGUGUUUUACCUGACUUACACCCCCGAGGACGUGGAAGGAAAUGUACAGCUGGAAACAGGAGAUAAAAUAAACUUUGUAAUUGAUACAAAUAAACAUACUGGUGCUGUGAGUGCUCGUAACAUUAUGCUGUUAAAAAAGAAACAAGCCCGCUGUCAAGGAGUGGUCUGUGCCAUGAAAGAAGCCUUUGGAUUUAUUGAGAGGGGUGAUGUCGUGAAGGAGAUAUUCUUUCACUAUAGUGAAUUUAAAGGUGACCUAGAAGCCUUACAGCCUGGUGAUGAUGUGGAGUUCACAAUCAAAGACAGAAAUGGUAAAGAAGUCGCGACAGAUGUUAGACUGCUGCCUCAAGGAACUGUCAUUUUCGAAGAUAUCAGCAUUGAACAUUUUGAAGGAACUGUAACCAAAGUAAUCCCAAAAGUACCCAGCAAAAGCCAGAGCGAUCCAUUACCUGGCCGCAUCAAAGUUGACUUUGUGAUUCCUAAAGAACUUCCAUUUGGAGAUAAAGAUACAAAAUCCAAGGUGACCUUGCUGGAAAGUGAUCACGUUCGAUUCAAUAUUUCAACGGACAGACGUGACAAACUGGAACGAGCCACCAAUAUUGAGGUUCUGCCCAAUACCUUCCAGUUUACUAACGAAACCCGGGAAAUGGGUGUGAUUGCAGCAAUGAGGGAUGGCUUUGGCUUCAUUAAAUGCGUGGACCGGGACGCUCGCAUGUUCUUUCACUUCAGUGAAAUCAUGGAUGGAAAUCAGCUCCAUAUUUCGGAUGAAGUGGAGUUCACUGUCGUUCCCGAUAUGCUCUCUGCCCAGAGAAACCAUGCUAUAAGGAUUAAAAAACUUCCGAAGGGCACGGUUUCUUUCCACACCCAGUCGGAUCAUCGUUUUGUGGGCACUAUAGACAAAGAAGCCACUCCAGCCAAAGCCACUAGCCCAAACAAAGGCAAAGAGAAGGAAGCUGAAGAUGGAAUAAUUGUUUAUGAUGACUGUGGAGUAAAACUGACCAUUCCUUAUCAGGCCAAGGAUGUGGAAGGAUCUGCUAAUCCCCAGAUAGGAGAUAAGGUUGAGUUCAGUGUUUGUGAAGUGAAGAGAACUGGUCUGCAGACAGCUGUUUCUGUCAGGAUGCUCGGACGCAAUUAUAGCUCUAAGAGGCUUUUGGGAUAUGUGGCAGCCCUGAAAGAUAACUUUGGAUUUAUUGAAACAGCCAAUCACGAUAAGGAGAUCUUUUUCCACUACAGUGAAUACUGCGGCGACAUUGAUAGCCUGGAACUUGGAGACACUGUUGAAUACAGCUUGUCAAAAGGCAAAGGCAACAAAGUUAGUGCAGAAAAGGUGAACAAAACACAUGCAGUGAAUGGGAUCACUGAAGAAGCCGAUCCAACUGUUUACUCUGGUAAAGUAAUUCGUCCUUUAAGGAGCGUAGAUCCCACACAGACGGAAUACCAGGGCAUGAUUGAGGUCAUGGAGGAUGGUGAGAUGAAAGGAGAGGUCUAUCCCUUCGGAAUCGUCGGGAUGGCAAACAAAGGUGACUGUCUGCAAAAGGGAGAGACAGUGAAGUUUCAGCUCUGCGUGCUUGGUCAGAACGGGCAGACGAUGGCUGUCAACAUCACGCCCUUCCGCAGAGCCACGGUGGAGUGUGUGAAAGACCAGUUUGGUUUCAUUAACUACGAAGUGGGGGACAGCAAAAAGCUCUUCUUCCAUGUCAAAGAAGUGCAGGAUGGCGUGGAGCUGCAGGCUGGGGAUGAAGUGGAGUUCUCUGUAAUCCUGAACCAGCGCACAGGGAAAUGCAGUGCCUGUAACGUGUGGCGUGUCUGCGAAGGCGCAAAGGCUGUCGCUGCUCCACGUCCCGACAGACUUGUCAAUCGUUUGAAGAGCAUUAAUCUGGAUGAUGCCAAUGCUCCUCGUCUAACAGUUCUCCGUCAGCCCAGGGGACCGGAUAACUCAAAGGGAUUUGGUGCAGAGAGAAAGAUCCGUCAGGCUGGUGUUAUAGACUGACGCACAGAACCCGUACCUGACGUACGACUGCGUGGUGGGGCUGGUGAAGGGUACUGAAUAUCCCCCUGUUCAUCCCUUCCUCCAAAUUCUAAGAAGCUAUUACACCGGUUUUAACACCUUCUCAUGUUUAUGUUUAAAAUAAAUCGAUGAAAUCAUUUUCAAGUUAUGCACAGUUGCAUUCUGGAGAACUUUAAGGUGGCGCCUUAUAGUAUCACAUUUUAGAAGCUUGUUUUGAAUGGUGCAUUUAACGCAACCGGUAACUGCAAACCUGCAUUGCCUACGUGAGUGAACGUGGCAGACGGCUCUGCGCGGGUGGACCUUACGGAAUUCUGCACUACGCUUACCUGUGCUUUUCUCCUUGUUAUUUUGGCCAAGGAAUUGCUCUGCUGUAGUGCUCAGUUGCAUAAUGUCUUUCCUUUCAAGUGGAAAUGGAAGGCUCACUUCAGCUUGUUCUGCCGGGGUCGUGAGGACCCUCGGAAGGCGCAGUGAGU